AUUCCAGCAUUGGGACAACUGCACUGAACUGCAAUGCAAGCACAUGAGUUGUUCAGACACCUACGGAUGCCGGAACUUGGGGACGUCAGACAGUAUGUGCGCACGCUUCCAACAAAUACGCUGAUGGGCUUUGGUGCUUUCGCAGCUCUCACCACCUACUGGUAUGCAACAAGACCGAAAGCACUAAAACCACCAUGUGAUUUAGCAAUGCAGUCUGUGGAAAUAGAGGGUAAUGAGCAUGCUCGAAGGUCCUCACUUCUUACUAGUGAUGAACCAUUGAUCUACUACUACGAUGAUGUGAGAACGGCUUAUGACAUCUUCCAAAGGGGCGUGCAAGUAUCAAAUAAUGGGCCAUGUCUAGGUUUUAGAAAACCAAACCAGCCCUACGAGUGGAUCUCUUAUAAAGAGGUUUCAGACAGAGCAGAGUGUGUGGGCUCUGCUUUACUCCACCGAGGCUUCAAACCUUCUCAUGUUCAAUAUAUAGGAAUCUUCUCACAAAACAGACCUGAGUGGGUCAUCAUUGAACAGGGAUGCUAUGCCUUCUCCAUGGUGGUGGUGCCGCUCUAUGAUACCUUGGGAACCGAAGCAAUUACCUACAUUGUGAACAAAGCUGACUUGUCAUUGGUUUUCUGUGACAAACCUGACAAGGCCAAACUCCUGCUAACCAGUGUGGAAAAGGGAGAAACUCCGAUACUCAACACCAUCGUUGUCAUGGAGUCUUUUGGCAUGGAUCUUGUGGAACGUGGCAAGAAGAGUGGGGUGGAAAUCUUCAGCAUGAGAGAAAUAGAGGAGCUGGGAAGACUGCACAGGCAAAAACCUAUGCCUCCAAAGCCAGAAGAUCUAGCAGUCAUCUGUUUCACCAGUGGAACAACAGGAAACCCCAAAGGAGCUAUCAUCACUCACCAAAACAUAGUCAGCAAUGCUUCAGCUUUUGUGAAAACUACAGAGAAAACAUUUAUGCCCUCCUCCGAUGACGUUCUGAUAUCAUUCCUGCCCUUGGCUCACAUGUUUGAGAGAAUCGUUGAGUGUGUGGUUCUGUGCCAUGGAGCUCGGAUAGGAUUCUUUCAAGGCGAUAUCAGACUACUUAUGGAUGACCUAAAAACACUGCAGCCGACUGUGUUUCCUGUGGUACCCAGACUGUUGAACAGAAUGUUUGACAAGAUUUUUGGACAGGCAGAUACUUCAUUAAAGAGGUGGAUGCUGGAUUUUGCUUCCAAGAGGAAAGAAGCAGAACUCAGAAGCGGCAUAGUCAGAAAUAACAGUUUCUGGGAUAAAGUCAUCUUCCGCAAAAUACAGGCAAGUCUGGGAGGAAAAGUAAGGCUCAUGGUCACAGGAGCAGCACCCGUGUCUGCAAGUGUACUGACCUUCCUGAGAACUGCUCUGGGCUGUCAGUUCUAUGAAGGUUAUGGGCAGACUGAAUGCACAGCUGGAUGCUCGCUGUCACUGCCUGGCGACUGGACAGCAGGUCACGUGGGAGCACCCAUGCCAUGCAGCAUCAUCAAACUCGUUGAUGUGCAAGAAAUGAAUUACUUGGCUGCCAAAGGCGAGGGUGAGGUGUGUGUGAAGGGGCCAAAUGUAUUUCGUGGCUAUCUGAAAGAUCCAGAAAAAACAGCAGAAGCUCUGGACAAAGAUGGCUGGCUUCACACCGGAGACAUUGGGAAAUGGCUACCAAACGGUACGCUGAAGAUCAUUGACCGGAAGAAACACAUAUUUAAACUAGCCCAGGGAGAGUACAUCGCCCCAGAGAAAAUAGAGAAUGUGUACCUGAGAUGUGAAGCUCUAGCGCAGGUGUUUGUCCACGGGGAGAGCUUGCAGGCCUUCUUAGUAGCUAUUGUGGUACCUGAUCCCGAGACUUUGCGCAGCUGGGCCAAGAAGAAGGGAUUUGAGGGCUCCUACGAAGAGCUGUGUAAAAACAAGGACAUCAAAAAACACAUUCUGGAAGACAUGGUGAGGGUUGGGAAAGAAUCUGGUUUGAAGUCAUUUGAACAGGUCAAAGACAUUGUCGUGCACACCGAGAUGUUUACGAUUGAAAAUGGGCUGCUGACACCAACGCUGAAGGCGAAGAGACCAGAACUGCGAAAACACUUCCAGUCGCAGAUAGACGAACUCUAUGCCAACGCCAGAAUGUAACAGCGGCGUGAGGAGGGUGGCACACGUCUGUCUGCUGUUGGCCUUCGUCUCUGUAAUUCGACUACAGCAAACAUAGGGAAGGAAACCGUGCAAUCAGUAACUUGUUCAAAAAUGGGUACUUGCCAUAGGAACGUGGAAGAAAUGGAACACUGCCUUACUGUCAAGUUGUGUUGCAUUACUGUUUUUAUGGUGACCUACGAUUUCCAAAAAGAGCCUUAACUAUAAAUGGUAACUAUAUGUAAGUUAUUUAAGACUUGGCCAAAAACGGGACUCU